UCACAUCCUGUUUUCCUCCACUUCCUUCAGAGUGGACCGGUUUGGGACGGUCCGGUCUCUCAGCAGCGCAGCGUGGCUCCGUGUUGUGUCUUCUGAACUCAUGCUGCAGGAGGGCACGCGAGCACACCUUUAAUGCCCCGGUGGUCAACUCACCUGUCCGUGCAGCGUCUCGUGCAUUGAUAGAGGAGGGAAGUUGUUGUUGCACUUGUGACAGAAUGAAGACGAGAGAAGUGAAGAUUAUCAACCAGGGUCUGGAGGACGAGAUGGAGGUGUGGGGUUACCAGCCCUGUCUGUGGAAGAUGAUCCUGGUGGGUGUAGGCGCCGUGUGCUCCGGCGGUCUCCUGCUGCUGCUGCUCUACUGGCUGCCUGAGUGGGGCGUCAAGAGCACCUGCACACACACCUCGCUGAGGGACGCACACACACUCCUGCUCAGGACCACGGAUGAGUUCAAGCAGUGGUUUCGAGCCAAAGUACACGUGAUGUCGGCUCCGGGAAAGAAACCCUUCGACAGCUUGGACCUGCCGCCCGCGGCUCAGCUGCCGAAUGGAAACGGAGACCAAGGCAUCGGUGCUGUGCACGAGGAGCAUCAUGGGAAAUUUGCCCAUAGACAACCUGCUCAGAUCCACUGGUUCACCCACCACAGCACUAAAUACUACUGGAACGAUGUGAUGCAGGACUUUGAAUUUUACAAAGGCUUGGAGGAUGUGAAGGUGAACUGUGCAAGCAUCCACUCUGACCACAGCUCUGGAAUUCCUAAAACACUGCAGGACUAUAGGAGGUUGUUUUUCGGUGAGAAUGAGAUUGCCGUGAGAGUGCCGUCUCUAUUCAAGCUCCUCAUAAAGGAAGUCUUGAAUCCUUUCUACAUCUUCCAGCUCUUCAGUGUUGUUCUGUGGAGCGCUGAGGACUAUUACUAUUAUGCUACCGCCAUAGUUUUCAUGUCUGUGAUUUCAAUAGCUACCUCACUGUAUACCAUUAAAAAGCAAUAUGUGAUGCUGCAUGACAUGGUGGCGACACACAGUGUGGUCCGUGUGUCAGUGUGCAGAGGAAAUAAAGAUAUUGAACAGGCCAUGUCGACAGAUCUCGUGCCCGGUGAUGUCAUCCUUAUUCCAGCAAAUGGGAUGAUCAUGCCCUGCGACGUCGUGCUCAUCCAUGGGACCUGCAUUGUAAAUGAGAGCAUGUUGACAGGAGAGAGCGUGCCAGUUACCAAGACCAGUCUGCCCAGUUCAGGCGAGGACGCGACCAGGAGCUACGACAUUGAGGAGCACAAGAGACACACCCUGUUCUGUGGUACCCAAGUUAUCCAGACCCGCUUCUACGCUGGAGAACUGGUGGAGGCUGUUGUGGUCAGAACAGGCUUCAGUACAGAGAAAGGCCAACUGGUCCGCUCCAUCCUCCACCCUAAACCCACAGACUUCAGGCUGUACCGCGAUGCUUACCUCUUCUUGUUGUGUCUGGUGGGGGUGGCAGGGAUCGGCUUCAUCUACACCAUCGUCCUCAGCAUCAUGAACAAGGUUCCAGCUAAAACCAUCAUCAUUGAGUCUCUGGACAUCAUCACCAUCACCGUGCCGCCGGCCUUACCGGCAGCCAUGACGGCCGGUAUCGUGUACGCGCAGCGUCGCCUGAAGCGCAUCGGCAUCUUUUGCAUCAGUCCUCAGAGGAUCAACAUGUGUGGUCAACUCAACCUGGUUUGCUUCGACAAGACUGGUACUCUGACUGAAGACGGUUUGGACCUGUGGGGUGUUCAGACAGCUGAAGAUGGCAGGUUUUCUCCCCCAGAGGCCGAUCCAGCUAAAGAAAGUCUGGUUAACAGUGUGUUCGUGGCCUGCAUGGCUACCUGCCACUCACUGACCAAGAUAGAGGGCGAGCUCUCCGGAGACCCUCUGGACCUCAAGAUGUUCAACGCUACAGGCUGGAUCCUGGAGGAGCCCACAGAGGAAGAGACUGCACUACACAAUCCCAUAAUGCCCACAGUUGUGCGACCUCCAAAGCCCUCCGUCCCUGAAACCAACCAGAACAAUCCUCUAACUCAGAACAUGGAGCUGUCUGAAUUACCAUCCUGUGAGAUUGGUAUUGUGCGUCAGUUCCCCUUCUCCUCGACCCUCCAGAGGAUGAGUGUGGUGGUCAGGAGGCUGGGCGAAAAACACAUGAACGCUUACUUGAAAGGAGCACCGGAGGUUGUGGCCAGCCUCUGCAAACAGCACACAGUCCCACAGAGCUUCACAGAGACUCUGGAGACCUACACCAGGCAGGGCUUCAGGGUUAUUGCCCUGGCACACCGACAGCUGGAGUCCAAACUCUCCUGGCACAAAGUCCAGAGCCUCAGCAGGGACGUGAUAGAAACCAACAUGGAGUUUCUAGGUUUGAUCAUCAUGCAGAACAAAAUAAAAGAGGAGACAGCCGGGGUUUUACGUGAAUUACGUCAAGCUAACAUCCGCACUGUGAUGGUCACGGGUGACAACAUGUUGACGGCGAUAUCGGUGGCUCGAGACUGCGGGAUGGUCCGUGCAUACGAGAGGGUCAUUAUUGCAGAUGCUGCGCCUUCGAAGGAUUUCCACCCUGCUAGCAUCACAUGGCAUUACACUGAAAACCCCACUCAGACAAACAAGGACACUCAGACUGUGGAGAUAAAUCUGGAGGACGGCGUGUAUGACGAGCACGUUGCUCAGCAGGAACAAAGCUAUCACUUUGCUGUGACCGGCAAAGCCUUCGCUGUUAUCACCGAGCACUUCCCUCAACUCGUCCAAAAGCUCGUGCUGAGAGCCACUGUCUUCGCCCGCAUGGCUCCAGACCAGAAGACUCAGCUGGUGGAAGUCCUGCAGAGCAUCGACUACACUGUUGGGAUGUGUGGAGACGGUGCGAAUGACUGUGGAGCUUUGAAGAGAGCUCACAGUGGGAUCUCUCUGUCUGAGCUGGAGGCUUCUGUUGCUUCACCAUUCACCUCCACUACCUCCAACAUCUCCUGUGUUCCCAACCUCAUCAGGGAGGGCCGAGCUGCCCUCAUAACAUCAUUCUGCGUCUUCAAGUUCAUGGCUCUCUACAGCAUCAUCCAGUACCUCAGUGUCACCCUGCUCUACUCGAUUCUCAGCAACUUGGGAGACUUCCAGUUCCUCUUCAUUGACAUCGCCAUCAUUCUCAUCAUCGCCUUCACAAUGAGUCUGAACCCGUCGUGGAAGGAGCUGGUGUGGCGCCGCCCGCCGUCCAGUCUGAUCUCAGGCCCGCUGCUCUGCUCAGUUCUGACCCAGAUCCUCACCUGCCUGGUCUUCCAGGUCCUGGCUUUCCUCUUAGUACGACAGCAGAGCUGGUAUGAGACGUGGACGCCUCAGUCAGAUGCCUGUAAUGGUUCCAGCUUUAGUCUCUCUCACAACCCGAAUGUAACGAGCCCUCACGACCACAAAAACAUCAAGAACUACGAGAACACCACCCUCUUCUACGUCUCCUCCUUCCAGUAUUUGGCGGUGGCCAUCGUUUUCUCCAAGGGAAAGCCCUUCAGACAGCCGAGCUACAAGAACUGGCCGUUCAUGCUGUCCUGCGUCGGUCUGUAUACGUUCCUCCUCCUCAUCAUGCUGUAUCCUGUUCCCGCCAUCGACAGCUUCCUGGAGAUCGUGUGUGUUCCUCAUGACUGGCGCGUUACUCUGGUCAUCAUUGUCGCAGUGAAUGCGGCGGUGUCUUUCAUGCUGGAGAUUUUGAUCCUUGACAUCAUCUCGCGGAGGCUAGUUUUCAGAUGCAAUCAAGGGGCAAAUCGCCCCACAGAGCCGCCCUCUGCUGACACACCUCAGAAGGCCAAUGACCGCUGGGGCUCGUCCUUCCUCUCCUGGUUGUUCUGUCAGAGAAACAAGCCCCCGAAGGUGCGCUACAUGCACCUGGCCCUGGAGCUGCAGGACAACGCCGACUGGCCCCCAAGACCCUCCAGCGUCACCUACGCCACCGAUCCACAAUCCCGCAGCUCUGUCCCCCUCUGACACCAACAUGACCAACAAGCAAACUACUACUGCACAGACUGAACCUUAGCUUGAGUCGAGCUCAGAGGUGUGACGGACGCUCACAGAUGAGGUGUGCAGGACGUGGAGCCUGCUGGGUGCCAGCGACCAGCCCAGGAGCCUCAUAAAGGUGAGGUCUCCUACUACAACGACACUGUGAGCUGCUCAUACAUAAAGUUCUCUUCCAUUUUGAUUAACCUCAUCAGAAUAGACAAACACUAUGCACUCGUCACACUGCUUAAACUUGAGCCAGAGGCCUCUGUUAAAGGAAUAGUUCAACAAGUGAAUUUGUUUUCUUGCAAGAAAACAAAUUAGCAUAUUUCCCAAAAUGACAAACAACUUCAUUAAAGGCCAGUGUGUAACAUUUCAGGGGAUCUUUU